GUAACGGUGGAUCUAAAACUCUGGCAGCUUAUAUUUAUUGAGUGGCCGACCGCUGGCGGUCUUGGUUGAAAAAUUGUACCAAAAUUAAGAGUUCUUUGUUUUUGUGUUUUUUCUAUACAGAAUAUUUUUUGGCAGCCAGUUGAAAUAAGCCUAAAAAAGGACCCUUUGUUUUUCUAAGCAAAUUUCCACAAUUUGAGGCCGGCAAGAGUCAGAUUUCCAUGAAAAUCAGUGAGGGGUGGAGUCAACAAAAGGUAGGCUACAACUGUCACUGCCGUCACUGUCACUUCACACUGCUUUCCUUUAUCGACACCAGCGCAUCUCUUCUCCGCGGAUCAGCUUCAACAGAUAGGAUUUUUAUUUUUCUUGGAAAAGGACAAGAAACUACAUUUAACACAGUAUCAUUAUGCCGAGAUGUUUCAUGGUGAAGAUCAGAAAGUUUUUCAGGCGAAUGACAACCAUUCAAGACGAAAAUGAGCCGGUAUUUUCAGCCUCAGACAACCAGCCGCUCAGAAAACACUGUUCCCCAACUUCAAGUGACUACAGUUGUGUUGUCUGUCAAAAGGUUUACUCAACCGUUCGUGGACUUGAGGUCCACAGCAGAAGGUCUCACAAAGGAAAGAAGCCCUUUGUCUGCAUACUGUGCAAUAAAUCUUUUGGUCAUGUUGUCAGCUUGAGACAGCAUAUGAACAUCCACUCAAAGGAAAAAAGAUUUGAGUGCGAGGUCUGUGGCAAAACUUUUAAUCGUUCCUUUGCACUCAAAAGACAUCUGAUAAUCCAUUCGGACAUCAGGCCUUACCCCUGCCAGUACUGUAACAAGAGGUUUCAUCGGAGGUCUGAUAUGAAGAAGCACACACGCGUUCACACUGGUGAAAAGCCUCACAAAUGUGAAAUUUGUGGCAAUGCUUUCAGCCAAAGCUCCAACCUGAUCACACAUCAGUGGUCACACUCAGGCUUCAAACCUUACCACUGUGACAUUUGUCCAAAGGGUUUCCAACGUAAGAUGGCUCUGCAAAGGCACCACAAGCGCCAGCAUGGCGUAAACUCAGCUGAGUUUCCCUGUAUUUUUACUGUACCGUAUUUUAUUGUAUUUGUUCAUAUUGUGGUUUAUGAUUAUCUUCAAAACUACUUCAACACUUCCGUCACCAUCCUCAUCAGGUACUCUGGUCAGAAUGAGAAUGAUUUCAUUUCUAAGGGUUUUCGGCCGUUUUGUGAGGCGAACUAUGCUGCAUCUCCCAUGUACUGUUUGUUUAUUCCCACCCAAGAUUAUACCUUGUUUAUCUUCUUAAUUAUGUACCUGAUGCUCAUACACUGACCACUGAGGUUAGUAACUCAAAACAGUUCUGGUUACUGUCAUGGUUUGUGUUUUGAAUUUUCUUGUGUUUUGGUAUCUGUUAUGUAUUAGUAUGAUUAUUAUUUUUCAUUUAACUGGUUAGUUCUGAGUUUAUUCUUAUUACCUCGCUGAGUUUACUUAUGAUCAGUUUAGUUAUUUGUUUAUUAGGUUCCCUUGAGUCUUUGUUCUCUGUGCCUCUCUCUGUGUCUCUGUUUAUGUACGUUUGUUCCAUGCCUCUCCUGUCUGUUUUGUCCUCUGUAUGUGCUCCAUAGUUAUGUCCGCAUCUCAUCUCCCAUUGUCACUUCCUUGUUCCCUUGUUAAGUCAGAGUGUCUUAGUCUGCCUUUUUCCUGUUUUAUUUUGACAGUCUCGUGGUCGAUGUUCAGCAUGUUUAGUUUUGCCUUCCCUGUGGCGUCAGAUUCAUUUGUAUCAGCUGUGUUCCCCCUGUGUUUCCACGUCCCCUGAUCACCUACUGUCUGUAUAUAUUGUGUGAGUUUCCCCCCAACCGUUGCCAUCGCAGGUGCUUUCCCCCGUGGCUCUCCUGUGUCCCUCCCGUGUUUCCAGUGUUUCUCUAAUGUUCUGGGUUUUGUCUUUUUUUUAGUUUCUCCAGUUCAGGCAAUCCUCUGUUAGUUUGUUAUUUAUGUUUCUUCCCCAUUGGCUAUAUCUGCCUAAAUAAACGGCACGCUUUCAGUUAAUUCCCGUCUUUGUCUUUUGUGGCCU